AUGGCCGACGUGUUCCCGGGCUCCGAGCCCGGCGCCGACCCGGAGGCGGCGCGGCGCUUCGCUCGCAAGGGCGCCCUGAGGCAGAAGAACGUGCACGAGGUGAAGGAGCACAAAUUCAUCGCGCGCUUCUUCAAGCAGCCCACCUUCUGCAGCCACUGCACCGACUUCAUCUGGGGAUUUGGGAAGCAAGGAUUCCAGUGCCAAGUUUGCUGUUUUGUGGUUCACAAGAGGUGCCAUGAGUUCGUUACCUUCUCCUGUCCUGGGGCUGACAAGGGGCCUGACACGGAUGAUCCCAGAAGCAAGCACAAGUUCAAGAUCCACACCUAUGGCAGCCCCACCUUCUGUGACCAUUGUGGGUCUCUGCUCUACGGGCUCCUGCACCAGGGGAUGAAAUGUGACACCUGUGACAUGAACGUUCACAAACAAUGUGUGAUAAAUGUCCCAAGCCUCUGUGGCAUGGACCACACAGAGAAGAGAGGAAGGAUUUAUCUGAAAGCUGAAGUCACUGGAGACAAACUGGAAGUUACAGUGAGAGAAGCGAAAAACCUCAUUCCCAUGGAUCCAAAUGGACUUUCAGAUCCUUAUGUCAAACUGAAGCUCAUCCCAGAUCCUAAGAAUGAAAGUAAACAAAAAACAAAAACCAUCCGUUCUACCCUGAACCCGGACUGGAAUGAGUCAUUCACGUUUAAAUUAAAACCUACAGACAAAGAUCGCCGGUUAUCCGUGGAGGUCUGGGACUGGGAUCGAACCACCAGGAAUGAUUUCAUGGGGUCGCUCUCUUUUGGGGUGUCAGAGCUUAUGAAAAUGCCAGCCAGUGGAUGGUACAAGCUGCUGAAUCAAGAAGAGGGUGAAUACUACAACGUUCCAAUUCCAGAUGCUGAUGAAGAUGGAAAUGCAGAGCUCCGACAGAAGUUUGAGGACUGUCAUGUAAAUAUCCACUUCUUCAAGAAAGCCAAACUUGGGCCAGCUGGUAACAAAGUCAUUACUUCAACAGAAGACAAGAACUCAAGUGUGCCAUCCAACAAUCUGGACAGGGUGAAGCUGACAGAUUUCAACUUCCUCAUGGUUCUUGGAAAGGGGAGCUUUGGGAAGGUGAUGCUGGCAGACAGGAAGGGCACAGAGGAGCUCUAUGCAAUCAAAAUCCUGAAAAAAGACGUGGUGAUCCAGGAUGAUGAUGUGGAGUGCACCAUGGUGGAGAAACGAGUCCUGGCACUGCAAGAUAAGCCCCCGUUCCUGACACAGCUCCACUCUUGUUUCCAGACAGUUGACCGGCUGUAUUUUGUGAUGGAGUAUGUCAAUGGUGGGGAUCUCAUGUAUCACAUCCAGCAAGUAGGAAAAUUUAAGGAGCCACAAGCAGUGUUCUAUGCAGCUGAGAUCUCAAUUGGGUUGUUCUUUCUCCAUAACAGAGGGAUUAUUUAUAGAGAUCUGAAAUUAGAUAAUGUGAUGUUGGAUUCAGAAGGACACAUUAAAAUUGCUGAUUUUGGAAUGUGCAAGGAACACAUGCUAGAUGGAGUAACCACCAGGACCUUCUGUGGCACUCCAGACUACAUUGCACCAGAGAUUAUCGCUUACCAGCCCUAUGGGAAGUCUGUGGAUUGGUGGGCAUAUGGUGUGCUGCUCUAUGAGAUGUUGGCUGGCCAGCCUCCAUUCGAUGGGGAAGACGAAGACGAACUAUUCCAGUCCAUAAUGGAGCAUAAUGUUUCCUACCCAAAAUCACUGUCCAAAGAAGCAGUCUCCAUCUGCAAGGGGCUGAUGACUAAACAUCCUGCGAAACGCCUUGGCUGUGGCCUGGAAGGUGAAAGAGACAUCAGGGAACAUGCUUUCUUCAGGAGAAUUGACUGGGAAAAAUUGGAGAACAGAGAGAUUCAGCCACCUUUCAAACCUAAAGUGUGUGGCAAAGGGGCUGAAAACUUCGAUAAGUUCUUCACACGAGGACAGCCGGUGUUGACGCCUCCAGAUCAGCUGGUCAUUGCCAACAUAGACCAAACAGAUUUUGAAGGGUUCUCUUACGUCAACCCCCAGUUUGUGCACCCCCUUGUAGAAAAUGUAGCAUGAAACAGCAGAACAAAUCCCGCCGUGGGGAACAGUUGUAACCCUACAAUUUUUAGGCUUUCGCCUCGUUGAUUCCAUUUGGGCCUGGAAAUUGUAGGGUUAGAGGGUGGAAGAUGAGGGAAGGGCCACUUAGUCAGGAUUUGGGCUUUGCAGCAGCGAUGUUGUCUUAACAGGAGAUAAAUUAGUGUACGGUGCCCACUUUUUCUUCUAGAAGUCGCCACUGACUUGUCGAAACUUACCCAUGUUUUGGUACGUUCUACAUUUUGUAACUUCCCACUGUCCUUUUGCUCCCUUUUCCACUCUGUUGUGUUGGAAAAACAUCUGACACGUGGUCUGAAUGAGAAGCCACCUCGAGUAUUAAUUCCUUGGGGGUGGAUGCCAGGAUGUGGGAGCUCCUCCCCGCGCACGUGGAGACCUCAGGGGCAGCACCAGAGACUGAGCGGGGUCAGCUCCAGGGGGGAGAGGCAUUGCAAAAACAUCACUGAAAGUGUUUGCAAAACACGGCAGGAAAAAAAUAGUUGGGAAUGGGUGGGAGGGGGGAUGAAAUCAAAUUAGACCCGAGGCUUGGUGAACCGAUCCUGUAAAAUCCCAAAUAAAAGCGCUGAGGUGGUGGCCACGUCUCUAGGAUUUGUGCUAGGAGUAGCAUGUGAUACACUUGAGGGUGAAAUUUUGUCUUUAAUAAUAAUAAUAAUAAUGAUAAUAGUAAUAAUUUUAAUAAUACUUUUGUGAAUUUUUAAUCUCCAUGAGAUUAUUCUGUGAUCCAGGGUGCCAUUGUCUGUUCAGUUGGUUUCAUUUACACCACUCCUCAAGUUUACUGUUAACUGGUUCUAAUACCAAUAUUUUACUAUGAAAUUUAUUAACCUGGAAUGUAAAACAAGACUGUAAUUCCUUAUAUCUUAUUUACAUGUGUCUAUUUAUAGUCUGCAGUGUAGGACAGUAAAUUGAAGAAAGCAUUAUGUACACUAAAUUAACAAAAAAUGCAGCCCCAAGUGACUUCCUGAUUUCUCCAGAAUAACUCAUGAAAAUCAAGUGAGAUUUAGUCUUAAAUAAUCGGUUUUAAUUCAGAAAACUUUGGGCUGUAGAAUAAUCAAGCCUGAAAAAAGCAGCACCUAAAACUUGUUUUAUUGAUAGAAUGGAAUUUAAUACGUCUUACAUAUGCUUCAUGCAAUGAAUUUUGCAUGUUUAGUAAUAACUCUUAAUGAUAAGGGUUAAUAAUAAGCAGAUCUAUAUUAUUGACAUAAUCGUAUCAAGCAUAAAGAGUAUUAUAAAAAUUUUAUAAAACAACUUGUGCUUUAUUUGUGAAAGUUCUUGUUCUGAAUGACACCAUUUAGAUUUAGCUAAAUGUUUUCUUGCUAUUGUUUUGAUUUUUACUUUAGGUUUUGAAUAUUGUUACUGGCUUAGGGUAUAAUCUCUUUUUUUUAAAGUAGAUAUACUUUUAAAUAAUAAUUGCUACCUGCAGGUUUUAUACGAGGUUCAAUUAGGCUUUCAUUUCACAUCUGCUUAUUACUUGCAGAGAAGGAAAUAGACUUUAUUUGCAAUGAUGAACACUGUAAUUAAUGCAAUCUUCUCCUCUCCUAUCACUUAGAUAAAAAAUUUUGAUAUUUCCUCUUACUUCUUACCAGAAGAUAUUAACUCAAAUAUCAGUAAAUAAUGUUUUGUGCAUAUUUUGGUUUUGUUACAGCAUGUAAAAUAGUAGUUGGUGCAUUUCCCUUUUUUUUUUCCUCUCCUGCCUUGAUCCCAUUAGCAGCCACAGGCACUUUUUGUCUGUCAGAUGUGCAUGAUGAUGCCAGAAGCAUGAUGUCUCUGUUGCUGCAUGCAGACUGAUUACAAUUUUUCCAGCAUGUAAACAUAUUCAAAAAGUAAGAUAUUUGCCAUAAAAUACUUCAAUUUAUACUAGAAUAUGUAAUGGGGUGGGGUGGGAGGGGAACCUACUUUCUAAUCAUCUUUUAUGACAAUAAAACAUGGAACCUGUGCCAAAGA